AUGGGGAAAAGGAAGAUUGCGAUUGAGAGGAUUGAUGAUAUACCGAACAGGCAAGUCACUUUCUCAAAGAGACGAAGUGGUUUGGUCAAGAAGGCAAGGGAGCUUGCGAUCCUCUGUGACGUACAAGUUGGGGUCAUCGUCUUCUCUAGCACUGACAAGCUCUAUGAAUAUGGUAGCCCCAGCAUGAAGUCAAUUAUUGAGCGCUACAACAAAAACACAGAGGAACAUCAUUUGGUUAUGAAUCCAGCUAUAGAAGCCAAGUUUUGGCAAAGGGAGGCAACGGUCUUGAGGCAAGAACUUCAACAGUUGCAGGAAUUGCACAGGCAAUUGACGGGUGAACAACUUUCUGGUUUGGGCAUUAACGAAGUGAACAACUUGGAAAAUCAACUGGAGAUGAGUUUAAAACGUGUCCAGAUCAGAAAGGUAUGA